AUGUGGCUGACAACACUGUUAUUCCCAGCGGCUGCUGCGGCAAUCACCCUCGACAUCAACUCGAGGUCCUCAAUAGCCUCCGCGGCAGGCACAGCAGCAUACAACAUGAUGACUUAUUACACCGGCAACCAGACCGGCCAAGUACCCGGUGAUCUUCCUGGAUCAUUAAGUUGUAACCCCAACGUCGCCGGGACAUACUGCUGGUGGGAAGCUGGUGCAAUGUGGGGAUCGUUGAUCAAUUACUGGCAAUACACCAACGACAGUACAUACAAUUCGGUCGUCUCUGAGGCGUUACAGUUCCAGCGGGGGCCAGAAAACAACUUCAAUCCUCCAAAUCAGUCCCGCAGCAUGGGCGUUGAUGACCAGGUUUUCUGGGCCUUUUCAGCCCUCGAUGCUGUCGAGUCCAACUUCCCUGAGGCCAGCGACGGCCAACCUUCGUGGCUUUCCCUCGCGCAAGCAGUCUACAACUUCCAAACUUCUUUAUGGGACACUUCGACUUGCGGUGGCGGCUUUCACUGGCAGGUGUAUUCAUUCAACUCCGGAUACAACUUGAAGAUUACCAUUGCCAAUGGUGGGAACUUUCAGCUGUCUGCACGGCUGGCCUACAUCACAGGAAACUCGAGCUAUGCGGACUGGGCAAACAAGGUUUGGGACUGGAUGGCGUCCAGUGAACUGUUUGAGACUUCGGGGGGCAUGCUCUACAUUUGGGACAGCACUGAUAGCGACAACAAUUGCACCAGCGCGGAUCACUAUGUCUGGACCUACAACUAUGGGACAGUCUUGGCUGGGGCGGCCUACAUGUACAACUACACUAAUGGGAGCUCCGUCUGGGAGUCCCGAGUACAGCAAAUCCUCAACAGCACGUUCAGUUUGUUCUUCCCUUCUGAGUACGGCGGGAACAUAAUGAGUGAGAUCGAGUGUGAGCCCCACUUGAACUGCGACCAAGACCAGAAGAGUUUCAAAGCGUAUUUGUCACGCUGGCUGGCAGUCACAGCGGUCUUGGUACCUAGCACCGCAAGCCAGAUUAUGCCGAAGUUGCAGGGAAGUGCGACGGGGGCCGCAGGACAAUGUAGUGGUGGCGGAAACGUUUGUGGGGAACAGUGGUAUCUAACGACGUAUGAUGGGUAUACAGGCGUUGGCGAAGAGAUGAGCGCAAUGUCCGUAUUCGGCGCAAACCUGAUCAAUUCUAAUAUGGCCCCUCUAACUCUGAGAACCGGUGCAACUUCGAAGAGUGAUCCCUCGGCUGGUGGUUCAGCCACAGGUGGUCCUGCGAGCCUGGUAGAGAAACCCAUCACAACCGCCGGCAGGGCAGGUGCAGGUAUCCUGACAGUGAUAUUCUGCGUUAUAUCGAUUGGUGGUGCUUGGUGGCUUAUCACCUGA